AUGAUUACAACUGUGGCCAUGUCAAUGCUCGAAAUGGCGCCACGCUGGCUCGAGUGCAGCCGAUGGUUCCGGCACUUGGCCAUGGAGGCACCUUGCAGCGUGGCCCAGAAACCAGACACAGUUGAAGUCUCUGAAAAGACAGUGCAGGACUUGUUGGAGUCGGCUGCUAGAGCCUGGUGUGUGCCCAAGGACCAAAGCCCAGACAACUGGCAAGAGUUUGUGAAGCUGUCCGAGCCGCCAAGUAUUGACUGGAGCACUGGAGUAGCCCGAGCCAAGUUCGAGUACUUGGAACGCGACGAGGUGCUUUGUAGCGUUGAUUCUGCGACCGUGGAGUAUGACAUCCGGGCCGGAAAGCUUAUUGGCAUCAAGCUUCGGUUGCGACAGCAGCUGAACCAUUUGGGGCAUGGCAUGGCUCAGAAGAUCGAUCAAGUGGACCGUGACACUCAGCAGUUUAUGGAAUCGACAGCGCAGAGGAUGAAUGGUUUAGGGGACGAGCUGGAUCUGAAGGCAGCAAGCAGCUCCGUUGACAUCCUGGAGGACAGGAUUGCGAAGGCCAUCCAGGCCAUGGACAGGAAAGCAGAGGCAACAGCCUUCCGUCGGCUAGAGGAGCAGGUCUUGCAAAUCGGCGGCUAUGUCGAGACGAAGGCCGAGAUGUCUCAGCUUCAAGCAGCCGGAGAGGCUUUGAAGGCUUUAGAGCAAGACGUGUGCAAGAUGGCCACCGCCAAUGAAAUGGAGUGGGUCAAGCGACAGAUGAAGGACUUACGACUUACUUGCAGCGAGCGAGUUUUUGGGACGAAUAGCCGAAACUACUUGGAUUUCGAGGUUUCUCAUGGUUUCUCCAUUCCGAAAAGAGGCUCCAGGCUCAACGGGAGCGUCAUGUCCUCCGUGGAGCCUUUGGACUCGGUACUUCCAGCGGGCUCCGGCGUGGAAGCGGUUCGCAAGUUGCGAGAGGUGACAGAUGUCGAUGGUUCUGACUCCUGGAACUCCUAUUUUCAGAAUCACGGGCUGGACACCGUCCUCACAGAGAUGGUCACUGGACUGGCGGGCGCCGAGCCAGAGGAUCCCAUUGAAUGGAUGAUUCGGCACUUGGUUCAGCAUCGCAUGGCUCUCCGUGACUGCGAUGCGGUUGUGAGUCCAAAGAAGGAGAGUGAGAAGAAGGCAGGGAAGAAGGGCAAGAAGAUGGGUAUCAACAUCAGCGCUUGUCUCAGGAGGGGCUGUAGGCCGCUUUUGGACAUCGUGUGUGAUGAGAACUCGCGUUUUGAGCAGAUUGAAGAUGCCUCAAACACCCAGGCAGUCAUUUUCUUCGUGUGGAGCGGCCAGGGUUUGCUACAGCGCUUGAACCACCCCGGCGCCACGGAGAAGAUCCCACGACUCCCCAGCAGCUCCUGGGUGAAUCGCUUUCCAGGCAUCGGUUACAUUUGCGACAAAGUGAAUAUGGCCUUAGCCUUGCGGCUGCUGCAGAAGAUGUGGCCAGAGAAGUUUCGCUUUUGGCCGAAGAGCUGGCUCCUGCCGGCAGAGGUGGACGAAUUGUGCACUUGGCUCGACAAGCAUAAGUCGGACACCGUCAUCGUGAAACCAGAAGGCGGUUCUCAGGGUGACGGCAUUUUCUUGGUGCAGAACUCUUCAGAUCUUCGUCUCAAGCUCUCCGCGAAGCCUCACUUCGGAGCUGGCUUUGGCGCGUUGGCUCAGCGAUAUUUGCCGGAUCCAUUGCUGUUGGAUGGUUUGAAGUUUGAUCUUCGCCUCUAUGUGGUGGUCACUGCAGUUGAGCCUCUUUGCGCCUAUUUGUGCCGGGAAGGCUUGGCCCGUUUCUGCACCGCCAAGUACGAGACUCCAACUGCAGCAAAUGCCAAUGAAGCCUAUAUGCACCUGACAAACUACUCCGUGAACAAGAAGUCCAGUGCCUUCAAAGAUGAGGAUCCCUUCAACGUUCACACGAAGGCCUCAAAGCGGCCGUUGUCCACGUUGCUUAGCCAAAUGGCAGCUCAAGAGGCCGCUGAAGGUCGCACCUUUGAUGAGGAGAAGCUCUUUCGAUCCUUCGAGGAAGUUUGCGCUGUGCUUUUGCAAGCGAUGGCGCCGGUCAUGAAAGUAACGUAUGACCGUGUGGCCAAAGAGUCCAAGCCAAAGCCAAAAAAGACAAAGGCAAAAUCCCCAAAGAAAGGGAAAGCAGACUCUGAGGAGGAAGAUGAGGAGGAAGAAGACGAAGACCUCUAUGAACCCAAUUGCUUUCAGAUUCUUGGGGUGGAUGUCUUGCUGGAUUCAGCACUCCAGCCGUGGCUGUUGGAGGUGAAUGCUCGUCCCUCCAUGGACAUCUCCAACCCCUUGCGACUAUCAGAUGCUCCUCCUGGGACACGGCGCUGCGUGUGUCGAGACAUGGACGGUGAGGAGCAUUGCCACGUCCAUAGCGAGGUGGAUGUGCGCGUGAAGCGUUUGGUGGUAGAUGGUGCCUUGCAUAUGGCAGCGGCUGGUGGAGAACCUCCUGCACCCGAAGGCUUUGUGAAGAUGGACUUUGACCGGUAUAGCCCGUCGGAGGCACAGGAGACUCUGGCAGCGGUGGCACGGAUCUUUCAGGAGGCAGGAGGCUCAAAGAAAGCCUUCACAACCUCCGGUGUUCGACGGACCUUGGCCAAUGCCGUCACUUGGAGCCAAUAUGACAUAUCACAUAUCAUUACCUAUAGAAUAUGUCCACACCAAUUUGAGCUCACAACAUCUGACAAGGGAUGAACUGUGUUGUCAGUCGAUUACGAUGAAUCUAAAUAUGCCCGGAGCGUGUUUGCAAAGCGUGGGGGCAUCCUUUCAGGGAACAAGCUAUUCUGACCAAUUCAUACCAAUCGUUUGCAAGAUUAGUGAUUCUCUAUUGCAAGACCGGCGUCCUUUAAGUUACUGAGGUCUUGAAGAUAAAGAUCAAGACCAAUUCAAUCUCUGAGAUGACCUGUCAAUGUCUCAAACGUGUCAGGGACUCAUUGGUUGACACCAUCCCUCAUCCCGCAAGGUCAACGCCGGGAUGCCAGCUCAUGAAAUGGACACCUUGGUGACGAAGUGGAAACAUCAAGGUUACCGGCAGGACAUUCACUCUGAGGAUGACAAUGCUGAGAUAGGAGUCCUUGAUUUUGCCUCACUCCUUCAAGAGAUUGCCCUGGUGCGAUCGGGGAAAGAAGAAGAUCCAUUGGAUGCAUUGGUCUCACUCAUAGAGCUUUGUGACCCUGGUGGCUAGCGCCAGAAACCUGGGGAUAGGAGGACACAAGUUCCACGGCGGAGGCAUCACCCAACGUGGUGAGCUCCAAGCCGUCCCCUU